AUGUCCGAUAAAGUACACGUCCUCCACCAUCCGGUUAUCAAGGCCCGCCUCUCCAAGCUCAGACAGACCUCCACCUCGCCAAAGGAGUUCCGCGAGGGCAUACAUGACAUCAGUCUGAUGCUAGGAAUAGAGGCAAGUCGGGACUUAGAGGAGGAAGAGUUUACCGGACAAACACCAAUUGGCACGUUUACCGGCACUGUAAUCAAGCCUAAGAUCGGCCUCGCUCCAAUCCUGCGAGCGGGGAUGGGUAUGACUGACGCUUUGCUCAAUCUAUUCCCAUCAGCGCAGGUGUACCAUCUGGGGAUAUAUAGGGAGAAGGUCACUCUUCAGCCUGUGGAAUACUAUUCUAAACUCCCGUCUGCCAUGCCAGUAGAGACUGUCUUCCUUCUGGAUCCGCUGAUUGCGACGGGAGGAACUGCCGUGGCUGCACUGAAUAUGCUACUUGACUGGGGCUUGCCUAUUACUCGAAUUAAGCUGUUGUGUGUUCUCGCGUCCAAGACCGGUUUGGAUCGCGUUAAGGCGGACUUUCCUGAUCUCGAGGUCUGGGUCUCUGCAGUUGAUCCAGAGUUAACGAGCAGCGGCCUUAUCUCCCCUGGAUUGGGUGAUACUGGAGAUCGUUUGUACAAUACGCUGAGGAGCUAG